CUUCAUCACUUCCAUUUUCCUCUCCCAAUUCUCUAUCAAUUCUGAUACUCAUCAUCUUCCCAUAAAAAAUAUCUUCCUCUCACUCGUCCGAUUAUGUCUCAAAGCAAUCGCUCGCUGAAUUGGAAGGACUCUGAUCGAUUGAAAUUUUGGAAGACGGUUCUGUCGGUCAUUAUCAGCCAUGAAGUGAAUUUUGGAGGCGUGUUGGGGUAAUAUUUGUCAAGAGAAGCACAUGGAUUUCACGUCCUGACGGUAGCAUGUAAAAUCGAUGGAAGAGCGUAAUCAAGUAUUGUGGUGCCUGGAAUGCAACAUCGAGGAGAGCAAGCGUGACACCAAUGAGUGGAGAAAACCUCAAUGAUGUGGUGAGUCAAGUACAAUUAAGAAUUAUUAUGAAAUUAAUUUGUUAAUUAAUUAGCUUGUUCAUAUUAUUUAAAAAUAAUUUUUAAAUUCGUAUAGGUUCAACGAGCUAACGAAAUUUACAAGGCAGACAUCGAAAAGCCUUUCCAGUUGCAACAUUGUUGGGAGAUUUAUCAACAUUGUUCAAAGUUUAUUCAACAAUUUACUUUUCCGGUGCCACCCAUUCCACCAAUGGGUGGAUCUUCAUUGGGCUUGCCAUCUGGUGAGAGUGAUAGCCGCGACGUUCAAGCUAUUCCAUUUGUGAUCAAUCGUCUCGAAGUUCGGGAAAAGCAAGAGAAGAAGAAAAGAGGAACUCCAUAUUCUUCCUCGGAAAGUUGGGACGAGAAUAUGGCCAAUUUGGUUUAUUAUUCGAACACACACAUGAGGCUAGCCCUUGCUAGAGAGGAACGUGAAGUUGAAAGAGAGGCAAAGGAUAGAGCAAGGGAAUUAAGGGAGAAAAACAGGCAUGAGAUGAUGGUAAUGAAUAAUGAUCUUUCUCAAAUGAGUCCUCGAUCUUGGGCUUGGUAUCAGAGACAAAAAGAUGAUAUUAUGGCUUCUUACUAAGAUGAUCUGGAUAUGUAAUCUUUAUGUAGUACUGUGGUAUGUUUGAUGAACGCUUUUAUCGUGUAAUUUUCAUGUAGUAGUGGUAUGUUUGAUGUACGGUUUUCAUUGUAAUUUUCAUGUAGUUGAUUUAUGUUUUAUGUACGAUUUCCUUCAAUUGCUAAUGCACGUACUUUCUUUAUUGUCUUAUAACAAGGAGAUACAUCAACAUAACGAGGAAAUACAUUAAGAUAAUAUAG